AUGUCUCGCAUCCCUGCGACGCUCAAGAUCCGUUGCAACGCCAACUGCCCGCCGUCUGAGGCUGCUCUGCUUGCGCUCGCCCGCACUGCACUCGCCCAACACGCCGGCCCGACAGUGGAUACUCUUGGCACCGGUGGCGCACUCCUAACCACGAGCACGACGCCCUCCCUCUUGCCUCCGCACCGCCAUCCCUGUCCUGACCGAUUCAUUCCGCUCUCUUCACCUUCUUUCAUCCUGCUUUCGCGUGCCAGCAGUCCACGUCGCAGGUCCACUGUCGCAGCAGCAGCAGCAGGAGACCUUCACCUCAGAGCUGCUGUGACCUGCAGCUGUUGCUCAGAAUCGUGCCAACUGCGCCUCGGGUUUUUGGGCGUUGGAACGAAGACGAUUGCGCAAAGCUCCGUCGCGAGCUUCGUCUUUCGAGAUCUAGACGUUGCUUCCGCCGCCAACCCUCAAGACAUAACAAGAUUGGUAGCACCCGAACCAACCCGCUUCGACCCGCAUCAGUGUCACCACGUGGGACGACCGUGCACCUCAUAUCAAACCUCUGCCACAUUGCAUCAUCUGCACCACUCUGACGAGGGCUCACAAGCGGCCAAGCUGUGGUUCACUAGUGUAACCGCAUUUCGGCAACGCUUCACAGUUUGCGACAGCUGCGCAGCCUCUGUCACGCGAGAUCUCGCCGCCGGCUUGGUCUCACCCACCGCCGCGUGCACACUUGCCCACCACGUGCGUUCGGAAUCUCUGCAUUCCAGCACCUGGCCGCGACCUCAUCUGUCCGACGUCAGCCUCUGCCCUCGCUUGCUUCAUCCGCCCCUUGCCGCUCCAGGCACAGCCGCUGCAGAAGCCAAGUACACCGACGUCACUUCUCAUAUCUUCACCCGCCUUUUCCGCCAAGACAGGCUGUGGACAGCACCCAUUCUUCCACGCGCUAGGCUGCCGGCAACGCCAAAGCUCUUUGAUUCAGCCCAGAGACAGCUGCAUCACGUAGGCGCGAAGCCGUCGCCCUGCGUCGCCUCAUCUCACGCCCCCGCCGACACACUGCACGCUUGGGCGCAUCACUUUCGCAUCACCUCGUUCUCCUGCCGAGUCCCCUCUGCUGCCAAUCUCGCCGAUCUGCCUGGCUCACGCAACUUCUCCGAUCUGAUCGCGUCUUCCUCAAUCGAUCAAAGCGACAAGCCACUCCGAAGUUCGAUCGACCCGGACGUAGGUGUAACGGCGUCGUGCAGAUCCUCGGAUCCCUGCGACAUCAUCAAGCUUGCUGCAGACGGCAUCUCAACGCGUCUCCCUGGAUCAUCGAUUCCGGCCAUGUCUGGCGUCACCAUCGGCGCCUCGCACGAGGCUUCCGACAGAGCGCCACGCGAUGUGCAUCGACAAACACCUACCUCUACUCCAUCAACGACAAAUACGGGCCGGGACUCCUCGAAAGCCUCCGAUCCGUCACCCACAAAACGCCUGUCUCGGCCAUGGGACCGUGCCACUUUUCAACCUGCAGUUGAUCAAGGGCAAGAUUCGGUCGAAGAAGACGAGCUGAGCGAUGAUGCAUCCCUCGACGAUAUCAAGAUGGUGGAUGCACCUAGCUCAAAGCGUCCCAAGCCAUCUAACUAUGAGGCGUCCCCAACAUCCAAGCCUGUCGAGACAAUGCAGCGACUGUCGACGAGGGAAGAUGACCCCAGCGUCAGAAUCCCUCACAAUCGAUCGUCUUCGCCACCCAGGCGGGACGAUCCCGGCUUCGAUGCCGCUUCGCUGCGCCUGCUCUCGCCAGAGGAGGUUGAAAAAUUCCUCGACCUCAUCUUCAAACACCAUCCCGAGCCCAUGACGGCCGAAAGCAUGCGUCAAAGCGUCGACGCCCUCUAUAGCGAUUGGGCCCAGUACUGUGCGCAGCGCCAGGUCCCGGUCAAAUUGGCCAAAAAGCCUCUGAUGGACGAAUAUGCCAAGAUCUUCAACGGCAUCUACGGUCCCUCACUUCAGGACAAAGCUCGGUCGAUCGCGCAAGAGCUGUCGAACCGGUCGGCGAAUGCGUCCACGUAUGGCGACGCCGCGAGCGACAAGAGGGCGCAGCGUGGAGCGAGCUCGAGUCGGCGCAGCCAGACAUCCUCAUCAAUGGACGAGGACAGCGAUGAGGACGCCAGCGAAGCAGUCGACGGCCCAGUCGGACGCGAUGUGGAAGCAUCCGAGGGCGCAUCGCCGGAGCGCGCCGGAGGAAAGGGCAAGAAGAACAUCGCUCAGGUGGGCCGCAACGGUCUCGCGGUGCUUCCGCCCGGGCUGUUUGACAUUCUUCGCAACCAUCUGCGCGACGACAUUCUGUCGAGCAUCAUGCCUUCGGUGCGCACCGACCUGACGGAGCAGACGCGCGAGCUAUUCCUUCAGAACCAAGAUCUCUUUGGGCGUCUCAAGGAAAUGGAGGAACGCGUGCGCAACCAAGAGCUGUGGAUCCGACAUCUACUCGCUCGAGACCCGGCCGACGGAGCGAGUCCGCAUGUCGGGCCUGGGCAUGGACCUCCUUUGGUCGAUGCUGGACUGGCAGGCGCAGACGCUGCUGCAGGUAUGGCUGCCAAGCCGAGGCCAUUUCCUACCGCGACAAGAGAUCCGGCGGGUCUGGUGAGGCAUGCUCGUCACGCCGCUUCGUCUUCAGACCACGAGUUUGGUCCAUCGACGGGCGACUACUUUGGCGGCAAUGCGCCAUUGUCUCCGCGCCAAGCUGGUCGCAUGGACCCGAGGGCUGCGCAUGCUCCCGGCGUGCAUUCUUCGCUCGCAUGGGAAGGUCGAUCGAGUGUCGGCAGCGUCGGACCUGCGGCUGGGAUGGUACGCGGGCAGGCGCCUCCUUUCGCCACCGGUCGUCGCGAGCCAGAGGCCCCGCAUGUAGGAGGAUACCGGGAAGUGACGCCUGCCGAAAGAAGGCUCUCGUACGCCAACGAGGCAUAUCGGAGACCGAGCUCGUGGCAGAGUGAGCCGCAGGGCGGCAGAGGCUCUAUCUCGCACGACCACGGCGGCGGGCAUGGCGACUUGGCAUUCCAACCUCCUAGCGGACCGAGUCUUGCAGAGACGCGCCGAAUGAGCGCCUUCAGUGGCAGCGGCGCGGCGACACGCGGAGGCGCGCCACAUCCAGGCGCACCUGGAGCGCACGAAGAGUUCCGUCGACCAGGCCCGUCGAUGUAUCCGCGAGACUCGGCCAUGUCGCCGGGGGAGCCGGCUUACGAGAUCCGACGUGCUCCGCCCGGCUUUGGUGCGAGUCAGUCGGAGUCGUACUUUGGUGAUGCGGGCGAGGGCGUCAAGGCGCCUCUUCCGCCAAGGGCGAGCAUGCCCGACUCGCCCGGGCUGAUGCAGCGCAACAAGCGCGGUCGACCCAGCAAGUUUGAGCUGACACAGGCGCGGCCGGAUGGCGGCGCUGCUGGUCGCGGCGCUGCGUUUGGUGCCAGCUCGCAUCCCUCCUCGACACAGCCCCGACCGUAUCUCUCGUAA